AUGAAUUCAUUUACAACGGACACGCAUAAAAAAGAGGGCGGAAGACCCAGCAUUUUCCAGCUAAGCACGGCCAGAGAAAUAGAGAAUUUUUUACAGGAGUACGCGAUAGUCAAGAAGCUGUCGGUGCCUGCAGAGAUACCGAGCACAAUAAAAGCCAAAGAAAUACUGUACGCAGCAGCAAGCAUGAACGGCACUCCCAUAGUAGAGAUAGACGCAGAGGACAUACAGGACACCUCGCUCCUUGUUGAGCAGGUGCACAUAGAAGAAAAGAGCAUAGUGCGAAGAGAGGGCGCGUUGGUGCGCGCAAUGAAGAACGGGUACUGGCUUAUUGUCAACUCCAAGGAAAAGGAAAACCCUGUAACAAACUACAUUGUGUCAGAGUACGAGAAAAUACCGGGAACAGAGACAAGACCGCACGAAGGGUUCCAGAUGUUUAUAUUUUCAAAAGACUACUCGGCCGAUGCAAGCCGAGGCAUUGCAUACACCAUGCAGAUGCAUAAAAAAGAGGAGGCUGGCAGCAGCGGAAGAGGAGGCCGCAGAUUGCCCAGCGGUAAGGGAGACGUAAGCACUGAAAAAGAAGCAAACGCCCUGCUGCUCGCCCGCCUGGCAAGAGCACUCGCAGAAGAGAGCACAGCAUCCUCAAAUGGCACAGACGAAGCAGUGGAGAGCAUUGUGUCUGUGGUCCUUCUCGCGAUAAAGAAGUACGGAGAACAGCACGAGAUAGAAAACAUUGCGCAGGAAGUGGAAAGAAACACAAGAAUAUACUAUCUCCUGCAGAUAAUAAUGGAGCGCAUCAAGAUAAGCAAGCUUGCAUCACCUGGCGCAGUGCCAUCGCAGGCAAGGGCUAGGCUGUACCUGAUACUGAGCGAUGUCCUCCUAGGAGGCCUGAGAACGGAAGAGAGAGAAACUAAAGAAAAUUCCCUUCGAGAGAUGAUGUGUGUUCGGUGCGAAGAGACAGAGCACAUUGUGAACAGAGCUGUGCAUGAAACUACAGCCUGUCUGAGAAAUGAAGUUGAGUAUGUUCUCACAAAGCCUGCAGUAAGGCUGAUCCUAUCCGUGGUAGAGGGCCUGGCAGUUGUAAGCUCUUUCCUGCUAAUAGGAGAGACGGGCACGGGAAAGACAACAGCAGUGCAGAAGAUAUUUGAGAAAAGAAAGAUUCUUCUAUCCACACGGUACAAAGAUGCAAGGAAGCUCCUGUGUGUCAACCUUUCGAAGGACACAGACAUCUCAGACCUUCUUGGGUCCUACCAGUUUGCCACAUCUGAGCAGCUGGCCCUGCACAUAAACGACAUUGUGCAGGGAUACUUUGAGCUCUUCUUCAACGAGGAGAAGAACGACGCGUUCCUAAAAGAAAUAGACAGGGCAGCAGAAGAGAGAAGAAUAGACGUGAUCAUAGACACCGCAGAGGAUCUUAUCAGUAAAUUUGUGGAAAAAGAGAGAAAAGAGCCAGGAGAGGAGAAAAAGCGUGCAAUUGCAAAGCUGUCCAAGGCACUAGAGCUCCUGAGAAGAAUAGAAGACGGAGCACAGAACGUGUGUGUCUUUGUUGAAGGCCCCCUCGUUCGUGCUGCUCUGUAUGGAUACUGGAUACUUUUGGAUGAAAGCAACUUGGCGCCCAACUCUACCCUUAGAUACAUCAAUACGGCAGUGCACAGAGGGCAGCUUUCUAUCAUAGAGGACAGCGGGGCAGUAAUUCCAAUUGACGGAAGAACUAUUGUGUUCCAGUGCAUCAACCCGGGAGAUGACCACGGAAAGAAAAACAUAGAAAUGGACAGGACUAUAUACCACUGGGUAGACGAGAUAGACCGGUGCCCUGAAGAUGUGCUGGCUGUGGCCAAUGGAUACGGAAAGAGCCACACUGAACAGGAAGUGCGCGCUAUAGUCCAGUUCUACACAGAGAUAAAGCAGAUGGCCGAGAAAAACGGGCUUAGAACAGGAAGUAACAGACAGGCGCUGUUUGGGAUCAGAAACCUUAUCAGAACACUGAAGAUGAGAAACAUUCCUGUGGUAGAGGCUGUGAAGGUGAACUUCCUGACCCAGCUCUGCAUAAAGCACAAGGCCCUGGGAAAGAAGCUUUUGAAAACAAUCUUCACGGGAGAGGAAGCAGAAGCCCCAAAGAGCCUGAGCUCAACCAGCAGCUAUAUCAUAACACCGCAGGCGCAGGAGUACAUCAGAGAGAUCGAGUCAGCCAUAUCAACGCACACUGCAGUGCUGCUAGAGGGCACUACGUCCGUUGGAAAAACAUCGCUGGUAAAAUAUAUAGCACAGAGCAGAGGAAAAAAGGUCGUGAGAAUAAACAACCACGAGCACACAGACAUAACAGAGUACCUGGGCACCUUUGGAGUGCAGUACGAGGAGCAGAACGAGGCGGAGAGGACAGAGUGCGCAAAGCCCUCAGAAAGCCAGGCUCUCCGCAUGUCUGAGAUGGAGAACAGCACGCACGAGACAGUAGAUCCAAAAAUAAAGAGACAGCGCACAGAAAUAGAAGAACGCAAGAAGACAGAUACAGACAGAACACAAAGCGCAGAGAGCAGGGAUACAAACAGAGGCAGCUCAGAGUUUGUGUACAAGGAAGGCGCUCUGGUGCAGGCUGUUCGAGAGGGACACUGGGUCCUCCUCGAUGAGCUGAACCUUGCGCCCACUGAAGUCCUUGAGUCGCUCAACCGUCUGCUGGACAGCAACAGAGAGCUCUUUAUCCCCGCCACACAGAAAACAGUCAAGGCCCAUCCAGACUUUGCGCUGUUCGCCACACAGAACCCUGCAGAGUCAACGGACUACAGAAACAGAAAGCAUCUGAGCAAAGCCUUCAGGAACAGAUUCAUAGAGCUGUACGUAGAGGAGAAAACAAGGGAAGAGCUGGAGAUCGUCCUGCAUGGAAUGCGAACAGGAAAGGUGUACACCAGAGUUUUGCUUGAUAUCUACGAAGCUCUGCGAAUCCUCACAUGCAACAGAUCGCACGAAUACAUCACGCUCAGAGAGCUUAUGAAAAUCCUCACACGGUUCAACCACGAAGAGCAGGCGCCCUUCAUAGACAGAAACACGAAGGACGAAGAAAGGCUCUUCUACUACACCAUGCUCAUUCUAACAGAAAAAAUAAGAAACCAAACAGAAAAAGAGAAGAUUGCAAAGAUAGUCUGCACGCUCUUCGAGAAGGUAUUUAAAGCGCCGUUCACAGUUGAAAAGUACACAGAGGCUAUUUCUGUUCCGAUGGAAGAGGAAGAGCACGCUCCCCUUCUCACGCCUGGUGUCACCCGCACACUCAGGAAAAUAGAGGCUGCGUGGGUGGCUGGUGAGAACAUUCUGCUCGUUGGCGCGCCUGGUAUCGGCAAGACGUAUCUGUCUGAGUACAUAUCCAAAAGAAUGCAGACACCCAGCACAGUUAUAGGGAUGCAUGCGGGCAUAGAGCUCUCUGAUUUCAUCGGAGGAUACAAAGAGGUGGUUGGAAAUAGAAAUAGUACCGAGCCAGAGUCUAGUAAUUCACCGAGCAGAGAGAAUAGCGCAGAAAAGAAGGAGGCAGAGAAAAGAAAAUCACAGUUUGUGUGGAAGGAUGGCUCUUUGCUUGAGGCAAUGGAGAAUGGAAGCGCGCUGAUAAUUGAUGAAAUAAACCUGGUCCCUGACUCCGUCCUGGAGUCCCUGAACGAGCUGUUUGACGACAGAAGAAUGCGAGUGCACGAAACCAACAGACACAUCUCGGCACGGGACGGCUUUCGAAUAGUUGGGACAAUGAACCCAGGAGAUGACUACGGCAAAAGAGAGGUUGGAAAGAGCAUUUCCACGCGAUUCACAACUAUCUAUGUGGAGGCUCUGGAGAACAACGAAGAGGCCGUAAAGUACUUCCUUUUCUAUGCAGAAAAGUACGGGCUAAUGGAGACGUACGACAGAACUGAGCUCUACAGAGCAGUGCACAAGGCCCUGGCCAAGACGCGCAUUCAAAUAGAAAGUGCAAGAGAGGCAGAGGUUCUCGCUCGGUACGCAGGCCACCACCCGUCAGAAGAGAAGCAGGCGCUCGAUGAAGUGCUGCAGCAGGGCAUUGGGCUGAUUCGGCAAAUGCCUCUUCCAAUGAUAGGGCCCCUUGAAGAGACCUCUGAAAUCUUCGGCAUACACCCGUUUAUCUUGCAGAAAAGAGAGGGCAGCUCGCACCUUCCAUCCUACACGUUUAGCCCGCCGUCUGUGAAGGAAACCCUGUACCGAAUACUGCAGGCUCUCUUUUGCAGAUUCAAUCUGCUGCUUGAAGGCCCCCCGGGGACUGGAAAGACAAAGAUCAUUGAGGAGGUUGGAAGACGUCUCGGGAAGAGAGUCACCCGAGUGAAUCUCAGUAAUGAAACAGAAAUGGCUGAUCUGACGGGUAGAAACACCCCAACAGACCAGGGCAUUGUGUUUAUAGAGGGAGAGUUCAUCAGAGCAAUCACAAGAGGCGACUGGAUCAUAGUGGACGAGAUCAAUCUUGCAACACAAAGCGUGCUCGAGGGGCUCAAUGGAUGCCUUGACUACAGAAGAAGAAUCUACGUGCCAGAGCUUGGAUCAGUCUCUCUGCACCCUGAGACCGUUAUAUUCGGCACUAUGAACCCUAAGACCUCCAGAACAGACGGAAGAAAGCUUCUCCCAAAGUCUUUCCUCAGCAGGUUUGUUCGCGUGCACAGAGGGCCCUUCACAGAGGAUGAUCUUAGAAUAAUUCUUGCACAGGCACCUACGCCCAACAAAGAGAGAGCAGGAGCUCUGGCUGAGCAGCUACUGCAGUGCAGAGCAAAGUACCAGCUCAACCUAAGAGACUGCUUGAGGCACAUGGCCAUUGGAUCAGCGCAUCUAGUUCCGCAUACACACAGCCCUGUCGAGCUGCAUCAGGAAGGAGCGAGCGAUAAAGCAUGUGCAAAAGAGGGGCCUAUGUCGUCUAUUGUCAAAGCUGCAACACUCGAUGAGCAUCCCAUCUCUAAUGCGCACGAGUUUUCUACUGCCUCGCUCAUUCCCUUCUACAGAGGAACUUCGCACGGCUUAUUUGUGGGAGGCAGUUUCUUGCCGUGCGAUCUGUCCAAGGACCCAGAGUAUGUGAUAACGCACGGGAGUGUGCCUGCUCUUGAGGCGCUAGUGCACGGAAUAAACAACGCAUGGCCGUGCAUUAUCAAAGGAGCGGUGGGCAAGGGGCGCGCAGCUAGAUUCAUAGCUAGAGUAACAGGCCGCAGGAUAUGCACUGUGCCGUGCCACAAAGACAUGGAGCCAUCAGACUUCCUGGGCCGAUACACAAAGGGCGACGAUAAGAGCACAUCCCCGUUUAUGUGGGAAGACUCUUCCUUCAUACGCGCUGUGGAGGCUGGGGAGAUAGUUCUCCUGAAAAACAUAAAUCUAGUGAAAAACGAUGUGGUGGACAGACUGAACAGCCUCUUUGAGAUAGGCGGUGUGCUGGAGAUACACGAGAAGGGAGGAAGCGAAACAAGAAAGGUGGUGACACACCCCAGCACGCGCUUUAUCCUCACUCUUGCAGAGAGCGCAAAAGAUCUGUCGCCUGCGCUGACCAACAGAUCGAUACAGGUGCACCUUGCAGGGAGUCUUUCUGCAAUAGACAUGGCAAAGAUGCUCAGCAUGCGCUCGAGCAGGAACGAAAAGUCUCUCACGACGGCAGCACUGCACAAAGUGCCCUCGGGCCUGCUGAAUGCGCACAUAAAAGCCAGGAAAAUCCUUGACUACGACACUGUGGCAGAUGCAUCGCUCAGGCCCCUUCUUGCAGACCUGUCAGACCUGGAAAGAGAAAGCUCAGUGAGGAAUUAUGUAAUGGAGGAAGAGAUUCUGCUGCACCUGAAGGCUCUGGCAAAAGACCCGCUGGAAGGAGAGGUAAUGGAAAUUCUUUCUAGUGCCAAUCCACAGCAGAUGGAGUCUGAUAUAAACGAGCUGGUACGAAGAAUCUCCCUCCACGCAGUGGAUCCAGAGUACAGAAAGGUGUACACGAACAGCGCGCUCCACAUGCAUCUGAAGAGCAAGUACGAAACAUGCUCAGCAUUUGCCAGAAAGAAAGCUGCAGGAGGACAGCAGGAGAAUAGCAGAAAAACAAGAACAGAGACAAGCCCAUCAGUCGAGCCAGAGGAUGCAUUGGAUAGGCUUAUAGCCCUGCGAAACAAGCUGGAGAGCGGAGAGAGCGCGCUCAGAGCAUACUUUGAGGCCAUGGAUCUACCUUUCCUCCCCCGCAAGGAAGUGUCUCUGCGCAUGGCUAAGGUAAAGAUAAUGGAAACGGUCUUUUCGCCUGAGUCUUCGUUUGGCAUGCUAAAACAUCUGGCAGUGCUGCAGGACAUUGCGCGCGUGCUGGACAGCCUUCCUUGCAGCAUUGAGCAGGAGAUUGCCGCCCUCGAAACAGAGCCGCCUGCAUACGAAGCAUUGACAGAGCUUCUGGAGGCGUGCCUGAAAUACGAAAUUGAUCCUUUGAUCUUCCCUGAAAUAGAAAAGAUAGAAGAGCACAGCAGACAGCUGGUGGAGAACGCAAUUAAGAAGGCAAAGCAGAACUACUACCUGUACAAGUACGGCGUAGCGCUAGUCUACAAGCCAGCCAAGCCCGCUACUGAUGCCUCGGUGAUCAGAAAGAAGAGAAAGGAAAGAAACUUCAAAAAGUUCGCAUACUACCUGCAGGGUGUUGUGAAGGACGCCCUAACGGCAGAGUUCCCAGAGACCCUUGCGUUCUCUCUUAUACGCAGAGACAUGACAAAAUACGAAGAUCUGUGGGAGUGUUUCGCAUACGCCCUCCUUAAAAGCGGGAUAGAAAAGAUAGCUGUAAAGCAGCAGACAGUGCCCGUGUCCAAGAUAGGCCUGGAAGCCCUGCGUGCAUACACAGGCCUGUGCACGCCUCGGGAAAGCUUGAGCAGAAUAUGCGAGAUACUCCGAAGAAAUGAAAUCUCAUUUUUAUCGAUCAGUCCGCUGCACUCGCAGGCCGUUCAGGCUCUGUGGCGCAUGCUCUCCAAUGAAGAAGUCAGCUCGCGCGAGCUAUCGGCUCUUGUAGCAGCUCUCCUCACAGAAUCGCGUCUAUCUAAAUACGCGCCUGCAGAGUACGCUGAAGAGUCAGCUCGAUACGCGCUAGAUAGCACUGUUGAUGGGCUGCUCUCUGUGUCUGUUGGAUUUGAGCCAAAGGGACUCGAUCUAACGGCAGCAGAAGAGAGCAGAGAUUUGCACAGAAUAUCACUCACUGCAAGAGCUGUUGAGCUUAUAGACCAGACGCACCUCGAAAUUAAGAAGGCAAAGAACCCUGUGGGCAAGAACCAGUUUGACUGGGGGGAGGAAGACGGGGCAAAGGAGUACCUCCUGGAAAAGGUGGCAGCGCUUAAGUCGCUCUCUCUCUCCACGCCUGCACAGAAGGUAGCAGCAGAGCUAGAUGCGCUGAACAGCGAUGCGAUCCACAUACACAUCCUAAGCACCCCGCUGAACACAGCACGAAUGGUUAUCUACAAAGAGUACGCAGAGAUCAGCUCGUACAACCCGAGAAAGUUUUCAGAAAUACACGCAGGAUGGCUUUUGCACCUCUUCAGCGCAAUAGUGUCCGAAGAAACAGACAGCUCGCAUGAGAAGAAAGAUGGCAGAAAAGACAAGAUCGAUAGUGCCAGCUGUCUGUACGCGAUUGAAGAGUUUCUGCUGCAGUCGACAGUGGGAGACAUGGACAAGAGAGUGGAGAUAAUCAGACAGAUGGUUGAGAACGGCGGCAGAUACGAGAUAAAGAACAUUCUUGUGUACUUUUUGCCAUACUUGGAAAACAUAAAAAAGAAAAAAGAGAAGAUCGGCGAGACAGUGCACGAAAGCAUGAAAGAGAUAGAGACAGCGCUGGCCAUAAAGAUGAAAACAGACGGCGCAAUUGUCCCGAUACGAGAGCAGUCUAUCCUCAUAAAGGCAAAUGCCAUAAAGGAAAACAUGGAAAAUCUUUUGCUUCCCAUUGUGUCUGUGAUCAAGCCACAGCUCUUCCACAGGAACGUAUCGCUCAACUGUUCUUGCAGCGAAGAGGAGUGCUACGUGUGCAUGGCUAAAGAGGUUGAAAGACAGAAAAGAGUGCUGGAAAAGGAAAGCAUGAGUGUCAAACUACGAACGCUCUAUGUGCUCUUUGAGAAGCUCUCUGUCAUGAUGCCUGCUGGCACUUCCAGAAUAGGAAUAGUCGGAGCAAUGGAGUUCUACAAGCAUGUCUACACGGGAGCAGAGUAUGAGCACGUUGUGCUUGCGAAGAUUGUGCACAUAGGAACAGCUGUGCUAAAGACAGACCCUGCAAUCAGCUUCCAAAUAGCAUCGCGCAUUUCAGACUUCACAAUAAAGCUGCUGAACUACGCGAUGCAGGCCUCGCCUGCUGAGUGCAGGCUGAUUAUUGUGUCGCUUGGGCUUUUCUUUGAGCUGAUGUCCUUUGGCUUCUGCGGAGACGAGGACGAGGGCAUGGAAGGCCUCAUCGAAGAGCUGGAGGACGCAGGGAUGCGGCUGGGAGAAGGCGAGAAGAACAUUUCAGAAAAACUUAAGAAAGAGGAAGAGGUUGGAGACGACUACAAGGGAGAGAAAGACAUGCAGAGCGAAGAGAUAGAGGAAGAAGACGGCGUGGACUGCGAGAACGCAGGAGAAGUGCAGGAAACAGCAGGCGCAGAAGACAAGCCAGACAUUGAGGUAGACAACGGGUCUGUGUCAGAAAACGAGGAAAACUUCAACCAGAAGAACAAAGAGGAAACAGGCGAGCAAGACGAAGAUGCAGAAGGCGAGGCAGAGAACGAGGAGGCAGAGAAGGAAGAGGGCAGCAGCGAAGUAACAGACGGCUCUGAGAAUCCAGAGGACUUGAAGGAGAUAAACGUGGAGGAAGAGAAAGACGAAGAAAGCGACGCAUCUCUUAAGGUGCAGGACAUGGACAUGUGCGAAGAAGCAGGCGGUGAGUUUGACAGAGAAGACCUGGAAGACGUAGAGGACGGCUGCUCACUCGACGAAGAGUCGCUGGAGGGAAUAGAGCUGGAAGAAGGCGAGGAAAGCGAUGAAGAGAUCUCAAUUGAAAAGUACGAGAGCGAAGAGUACAACGAAAACAUAAAACAGUACGACUACGCAGAGAUAGAGGUAAACCCCGAGCAGCUGAUAAAAGAGGAAGACGCAGACUCCGAUGCAGAGAAAAUAGGGCACGAAGAAGGCGAGGGCGCUGAAAGGGAAGUGGCAGUUGAGAAGGGCGAUGCGAUGAACGAGGACGCAGAAGACGUUGAGGCAGAAGAAGUGUACACAGGAGAGUACAAAGAGGCGCCAGACACAGAAGCCCCGAAAAGAGCGCCAUUUGAAAGGCCUUCGAUAAAAUCGCUCGACCCAGUCUCGUACUACGAGGAGAUAAAACACAUCACCAACCCAGAGCUCACAAAACAGCUGAGUGUGGUGCUGGAAGAGAAUGAAAAGUCUGCGUACGAAGGAGACUAUGCAACCGGGAGAAGGCUGAACAUGAAGAGGAUUAUCUCGUACAUUGCGAGUGACGGACAGAAGAACAGAAUUUGGAUGAGAAAGACAAAGAACCAGGGGCGAGAGUAUCUGAUACGAAUAUUUGUUGACAACAGCGGAAGCAUCAAGAACUCAAGCAUAGUCGAUGCUCUGAUAAAAAGUCUGUCGAGCAUCACAAACUCUCUUGACCUUCUUGGGAUUCCAUUUGAGCUCUACACCUUCAGCUCAACCAUCCACCAGCACAAGGACAUCAGAAGACUGGUGGAAGGGCUUACUUUCGAGGCAAACGAAACAAGAGUGGCCUGGGUCUUUGAAGAAGAGUACAGGUACGGAUACAACAUACUGAUAAGCGACGGGCUUUUCUACGAUGGCGCGCUCUCGCAGGGAAUGCUUUCAAACACUCUUUUGCUGAUCGUAGGAAGCGGUGCUAUGAUCAAAGAAAUGCGAACAGUCAAGGCUGUCAUUGGCGAGGUGGUCAUUGGGAAGUACCUGGAAACUCUGGGAAUACCAUACUGCAUAGUGGAUGACGACAACUUACUCGAGGUUGUGUUUUGCAGAGAGCUAAAGAACAUUCUGCAGCUAGCAAAGAAGGCUGAUAGCUAA